AGAGUAGUAACUGCGCGUGAGGUUUCCACAAAAAUAACGGAGGUCACGUGGUUUAGACCGUGUACGUGCGCUUGUACAAAGGUGUACAGCCCAAUCAAAGAGGACUAAAGAGGCGCUCGAGGCGCUAAAUGUCUCGAAGUGCUUGCGUGCGCAAGCCGUUCAAUGUGCUAGGACAUUUCCUCUUCGGCAUCGCUCUCUUUCCUCCUGCGAUUCUGCGCCACUUCCUAUCGGUCGCCAGCUGAGCCACUUAGGCCCCUGGGUACCCGAAGUACUUCCGACGCAAGAAUUAUCAAUACCUCAACACUGUAUCCACGUAUUCAUCGGAGUCUGCAACGCGCGAUCGGACAAGCCUCCAGCCACCGCUGAAACUGUGACUCACGCUUUGCAUAUUGACAGUUCACCAUGCUAGACGGCAGUGCUGCAGUCAACCCCAAUGGCUCCUGGCUCAACAGUCGUGGCAUCUGGCUUACCUACUGUCUGGGCAUUCUCUUGUUGCAUUUGCUGAUACUCAGCUUCCCUUUCCUAAGCGUUGCCUGGGCCUGGAGCCUAACAAACCUUACACACAAUGUGGCGAUGUUCUUCUUCCUUCAUACGCUAAAGGGAGUUCCCUGGGAAUCGGCAGACCAGGGCAAGUCACGAUACCUGACGCAAUGGGAGCAGAUUGAUGAUGAAAUGCAGUUCACAGCCACAAGGAAGUUCCUCACUGUGGUUCCUGUUUUUCUAUUCUUCCUAACAAGCUUCUACACCAAGUAUGACUCCGUCCACUUUGCCAUCAACUUUUGUUCCUUGAUGUUCGUGCUAAUUCCCAAGUUGCCUCAGUUCCACAAGGUUCGACUCUUUGGGAUCAACAAGUAUUGAAAGCAAGCAGAGAAGCAGAGAUUGGGUGAUGUUUCAGUCGUGGAUAUAUGUCCAACAUCUUUCUUUCAUAUUUUGUCUUUCUUCUUUAUUGUUAACAUUACCAAGGCAACCUUGCCCUGCUUACUACUUUUGUAAUAGAAAGCCACAGCUGUGUUAAAAGCUGCCACACAAUCAAUGCAAUUAUGUUCAUAUUAUGCUUACGAUGUUGUCGUUACUGUUUUGUAAUGAAACAAAAUAAGUCAUAUUGACAGAUAUUAUUUUUAGAUAGGGGAGCAGUUGCUAUUUUUGUGCAGUAGCAAAAUUUGCUCGUUCUUGUCAAUGAUGUUUUAGCACUGUUUUUGUGCAGUUGUUGUGGUGCAUGACGAAGUCAAUUACCCACGUAAUUGAUGAUGCAUAACUCCUUUGUGUAAUAGGAGUGCUCUAGUAUAUGUGAUACAAAGUGCCUUCCUUAUUUAAUAAACUCUGUCAUCACACA